AUGGCAACUGGAGGCGCUCAAACCCACCACUUUCACGCCCACAAACUGUUUGGUGUGCCCAAGUAUGUCUGCGUAGUGACCGGCGGAGGCACAGGCAUUGGUCUCAUGGCCGCCCAAGCCCUCGCAGCCAACGGAGCCAAAGUCUACAUUGUCGGUCGACGAAUCGAAGCACUAGAGGCUGCAGCAAAAUCGCAUCAUCCCUCUUCUGAGCAAGACGGUGGCAGUGGAGGCGAAAUCGUUCCUCUCGGACCCUGCGAUGUCACCAAGAAGGACGAGCUGGAGAAGAUCGUGAAAGAGGUCGAGGGCAGGGAGGGGUAUAUCAACAUGCUAAUGUGCAAUGCUGGAAUUGGCGGGCCCAAAGCACCACCAGAGCAAACAGAUGCCUCCGACCUGAAGAAGAAUCUCUGGGAAAACGAGUCAGUGGAGGCCUGGAACGAGACGUACAACGUGGACGUCACCAGCGUCUACUUCACAACCGUGGCCUUCCUCCCUCUCCUCCAAGCCUCCCUCACCCACAAGAAAAGCCCCAACACCGACCGCUUCUCCCCUUCCGUCAUCACAACCUCCUCAAUGUCCGGUCUCAUGCGCCACGCCCAAGGCCACUUCGCCUACAACGCAGCCAAAGGCGCUACCGUCCAAUUAACGAAACUCAUGUCCGCUGAGUUUCAGAAGGCAGGGAUAAGGGUCAAUUCCAUCGCACCGGGCUACUUCCCGUCUGAGAUGACGACUAAGGAGAGCGAUGGUAACCAGAAGUCUAAGCUCCCCGACGAUAACGUGCAGAGUAAGGGACACGUGCCUUUGAACAGGGGUGGGAGGGAAGAGGAGAUGGGCAUGGCUGUUUUGUUCUUGACGAAGAAUCAGUAUGUCAACGGGCAGAUCUUGGCUGUUGAUGGUGGUGUGUUGAACGUGGCUCGAAAAUCAUUCGGAUCGUGA